AUGCGCUUGUUGUCGCAUGACUCACCAGAAGACGGACCCUCGGAGUGCUAUAGUGAAGCGCCCCCUGUCGACAUAUCAUCCGUUAUUUCCAGCCACCUUGAAGAUGCCCAUGACUCACCAGAGGAGUCAGAUAGGGGGGAAUCGGGAGAGGAAAGGUGCUGGGACGAGUCGGCGCACAACCCCGCCACCAUUGCAGCCAGCGACGAUAUAAAUGCAAUCAGUCUGGCGGGCGAUCGACAUCGCCGCUCGUACCUGGGCAUAUGCUCCGUAAGUGCUGUUCUACGCGCAUUGUUCCGGCUUUGUCCUGCCGCGAAAGACCGCAUUGUGGAACAGUCGAAGACCUGGCCCGAGGCCCAACAAGAAGUCAAUCGGCCAUCUGCUUUGAAUCCGCAUCUCGGAUUUCCAGUGCCAUCUGAUUCCCUGCGAGAGAUGCGCUAUAUUGGGUUUUACUUCGAGAAUAUUCAUGCCAUCACCCCUUUCUUGCAUGAGGAAUCUUUUAGGGCAACCUUCGCUGCCGGCGAUCGGCAAACUCCCGCAUGGUUGGGUCUCUGCAACAUGGUGCUCACGGUGGGCUCCAUUGCCUCAGGAAGUGAUACUGCACACAUAUACUAUUACGAUCGGGCUCGGUCCUACCUUGACCUGGACUCACUUGGAUCUGGUAACUUGGAGACUCUUCAAGCUCUGUGUUUGCUGGGCGGGUACUAUCUUCAUUACCGAAACUCCCCAAACAUGGCAUACGCGAUCCUCGGUGCUGCCCAACGCUUGGCCAUAGCAUUGGGGUUACAUCGGGAGUCCCCAACGCGUGUCGAACAUCAGGAUGCGGAUAUUGGCCAACGGCACGCCAUCCGGCUGGAAAGUAGACGACGUACUUGGUGGAGUCUGUACUGCCUUGACACAUGGGCCAGUAUGACACUGGGUCGCCCGACAUGUGGACGCUGGGAUAGUAGCACGAUGAACACAUCAUUGCCCACUGCUCUUUAUCCGGACGAUCAUUUUGCAGCCUCUUUGAGAGCCAGCACCCAGUUCUGUCACAUCAGCAACCGUCUCCAGCACCGUUUCGCCCAAUCCACCAGGAUCAACAUAUCCGAAGCUCAAGGUCUUGAUCACGAACUUCAGGAGUGGUAUAGGUCAUUAUCUCCUAUCCUCAAAGAGACCAUUAACACGCCGCCUCGUAUCACCGUGGCGCGCGAGUUCCUACGCAACAGGUACCACAAUGUCCGCCUAAUGCUAUCCCGGUGCUUUCUUUUGUACAAGGCGUAUGGUGACCACGAAAGACACAGCAUGGGGCAAGCAGAAGAGCAAAUGGCCGACCUCUGUCGUGCCAUCGCCGCCGAAGCCAUCGACGCGAUCGCGCUUCACUGGGUUCCCAAUCGAACCCAAGUCUGGAAUUCUGCUUGGUAUCUGUUCCAAGCUUGCAUGGUUCCACUCCUUUCCAUUGCCAUGGCUGCAUCAUCUAACGGAACACUUGGUUCCGACGACGUCAUAUCUUGGUACUCGAGCUUAAACAAAGCGCUUGAGAUCUUUGCGGAGAUGAGACCAUGGAUGCGGGCUUCUGACCGUGCUCCAGACAUUGUGGCUGUCCUGUUCCAAGCGGUUUCUCAGGGUGCUGAGGGAACUGAGCGUACGCCAUCGGUGAUCGAUGGUGGGUCUCAUCUGUUCGGUUGGGCCGAUGAACUUUUGACGGAUAUGGACUGGAGUAUGGUUUUCAGUGAUGAGAACAUAUCGCAAAGUUUAUUUUCGUUAACCUGA